AAAUUUGACCCAAGCCUUUCAUUUUCCUGCUUCGGUUUCCCAUGUAGUCGAGAAAAUGAUAGCGUGCAAGAACAAAUCAUUAAGAACCGUAAGUUUGCCACGAGUUGAAAUUGCAGUUUUGCAUUAAAUAAACUUAAAAUCUGAAACAAUGCGCAACCGAAGUCCACAAGCCAAGUUAUAAAGCGUUUUUCAUUUCAUCGAAACAGCGAAAAUGCAACAGCAUUGAAACGAUGGAUCAUCUCAAGGAAACAAUUGCCCCUAAAACCUUUAACAAAAUUAGCUAUGCCGCAGUUUUAAUUUGGUUCAUGAUCAGCGCAGUCUUCUUUGGCAUUUUUGCUGAAGUGGAGAACACUGAAGAAAGAUUUGAUUUCCGGUGUGGUGGAGCGAGGAGCGAAUACACCGACCUCGUUCGUGGAAAAUGUUUCGACGAGUACGAGAAACAGUACAACAAUUACGGCGUUCCUAUAUAUGGCUUCGUGAUCAUCAAUUUCGGCCUCAUUGGAAUCGUAUGUGCUCUGUACUCCCAAUCAGUGAGACAUACAGUCGAUCAUUUGUCGUCAAGUAAUCGUAACGGAGAUCCCGAGAGUGGACUGUCGGACGACCAAGGAAAGUCAAGAGGGCCAGACAGAAACCGCGGACACAAACUUUUCAUCGCUUAUUGUUGUCAACUAUCCACAAGACUUGUUUUAGGAAUUCUCUUCAUAGUCCUACAAACUCAGUGGCUUUAUCCUUUACACUUUUCCUCAAAGUUUGACUGUAAUUUUAACUAUGAAACCAAUCAGCCAAGGAAUUCAUCUAACGCCACCCCAAACAAUACUCACGAAUGUUACAAUCGACGAGCGGAAAGGAAAACCUUCUGGAUGUACGCUGUCCUUAUAGUGAAUGGAACUUUUGUCGCUGGCAUUCUGAUUGAAACCGUCUACAUUUUGUUACGAGCAUGCAAAGAGAGGAGAUUCGUGCAAGACUCAGAGUUUCUAAAAACCCAUCUAAAACCCACCGAUGACAAGUCGCUUCUGGAACCUCAACUUAUUCAACUUCUGCUAAGAGAGCGUGAACACCGUCCUACCCAAGUCAGGUUGUGCUCAGAGCCUCCACAAGAUCCUGUUGUCCUACUUCAGCCACGAGACCAAAUCGAGUCGCAUCGAGAACCACAACGGCUUGAUGGAAGGAGCGGAAAUGAGAACUCUGAACAGCUUCAGACAUUCAUCGCGGAAACAAAGAAAACUAUUAAGAGAGACACCCAUUCUCUCGCCGCACUCCGAUCACCGUUUUCAGGUCCUCCUGGGGAACAAACAGCUGCCAAAGAUUUGACUCUGGAUCACAUUUACACGAACCUCGUGGUCAUUCCCGACAGGGCUAUGUACCACUUUACUACAGACAGACAAGAGCAACUCAAAGUUUAUCCAAAGUCGCGCAACGAAGAAUCACAACUGAAAAGCCAGAAAGACCUCUUAAAUGAUGAAAAUAAGAAAGUCCUUGUUGUUGGUCGUCCUGGAAUCGGCAAGACAUUAUGUUGCACCAAAAUUCUUAGAGACUGGGCAUUUAAUAGAGCUUUCAACGCAACAUCCGGUGCCAAAAUCCAUUUUGAUGCUGCUUUCAUGGUGAAAUUCAGGAGAUUCGACUCGGAAAAAUUUGACCGAAGCCUUUCAUUUUCCUCCUUCGGUUUCCCAUGUAGUCGAGAAAAUGAUAGCGUGGGAGAACAAAUCAUUGAGAGCCGUAAGUUUGCCAGGAGUUGA